CCUGAAAGACAUCUUUUUCACUCUUUGUGACGUUUAUCUUUUCAUCCUCUCCUCGCUCAUUACAAAAUUUUGUCGCCUUCUUCUUUUCAAGCUCCUUUUAAGCUCAUCGUAAACCAAUCCAGUCUACUCCCAGCAAAAAACCCUAACCCGUUCAAGUUUGACUCACUGAGUGAACCGAUUCAACUCAACCGAAAAUGAGACGCUUCACCAGGAUUGAAUUUGUUGAGCCUUACUAUGCACCACCACUCUUCGUCAGAGAAACCUCCAUUUUCGCGCCAACGCCAUUAUCAUUUUCCUCAUUUUUCGAAGAAGAAUACGAUCGAAGCUUCGCUCUCGAUCUCUUGACUCCUAAACCUAGUCCCUUUGAAGUUCUUGAUACUGUCACCGAUCUGGUCCAAAUUGAGAAAACGCCGUCGCUUUACUCCUACAAGAGAGUUCAGAAGAGGUUCGCACCUGAGUUUGCCUUGGAGACUCUGUGUGACAGAGUGACCGCGCUCGAGUCGAGAUUUGACAGGCUUGUCAACGCGAAAGCCAACGAAGGGAACAGGAAGUACACAUGGACGGCGGAGAUCGAGGGCGGUCCAGUUGAUCGGAAGUAUAAAUGGACUGCUGAAAUUAAGGAAGGGAAAAAGAAGGGGAAGGAAGAGAAAAAGAAGAUUGAUAAGAACUAUAAAUGGACGGCUAAGAUUAAGGGAAAAGGAGAAGAUGGUCCGACCUUGAGGACUUACACCUUUGAAGCAUCAACUGGUGAUGCAGGUGACUGUAGCAAAUCAGAUAAGAAAGAGAAGAAGAAAGAUACGAAGAAAGGAGAGAAUGACAGGCGUGUGGUGGAGAUCGAAGAGCCUUGCGAUCAUGGGGCUCUUGUUUUAAGACAGGCUUUUUCAAAAAGACCUGGAGUUGUUAGAAACAUCAGGGGCAAGCACAAGGAACUGUCUCCUCAAGAUGCAGCAAUAAUGAUUCAGAUGACUUUCAGAGCUUAUCUGAUUCGAAGAUCUCAGGCUCUUCGUGCGCUUAGAGAUCUGGCUGUUGCAAAGACGAAGUUGAAGGAGAUUAGAGCAUUGUUCAACAACUUCUCCUACCGUCGUCAAGUGGCUCGUGAUGCAGAAGAGCGACAAAGGUUCUCAGAGAAAAUUAUCGUCCUACUCCUCACUGUUGAUGCCAUUGAGGGAGCUGAUCUGAUGGUGCGAGCUGCAAAGAGGUUAAUGGUGGACGAGCUUGAAGCAAUGCUUGAAGUGGUGGAUCCUCAGCCAGCGGGAAGAUCUCUUUCAAUGAGGAGAAGGACCUUUGACAUGCCUGAUGGUGUUAUUCAGAAAGAAAUUGCAGCAGGCGUUGCACAGGUUGUACAAAUGAUCGACGAAGAGAAGGCUGCCGGCACUUUUGAGGCAUGCAUAUAGUAUAAGGUUGUGUAAUUAAUAAAUCACCUCCCUUUUGGGGUCAGUGUUUUUAUAUGUUGUUAUUUAAGUGUUUACAAUUGGUCUUUACAUUGCCUGAGGCUGAGGAUUUUACUUGAUGUGCUUGGACUUGUAUUUGUGCUGGCUAUUUAUUUUUGCAACCUGAGUGAACUCUAGUUUGUUAUCUCAUUUUUCGGUAAAUUUUUGUUGGUGAAUGCGGUUGAGCCCA